AUGUCCACAUUCUUUGAUGAAAUGAAAAAGUCCUUUGCCGACGUCAAGUUGACAGAGGACCAGAAGAUUGAUUCUGCUGAUUUUCUCGAGGCCUCUGAAUCGCUUGUCAAGUUAUUCGACCUUCUUGGCUCUUCAGCAUUCUCUGUCGUGCAAAGCGAUAUGACCAACAACAUCAACAAGAUUAAAACCAAAUUGCUUGCUGAUCCUGCAAAUGCAUCAACUUUGCAAGGCUUGGUGCUUUCGGAGGCCAACACCAAAACCAAAACUGCAACUCAAGGUUUACUUUGGUUGUCUAGGGGAUUACAAUUCACUGCACAAGCAAUGAGAGAGACAGUGGAUAACCCGGAUAAGGAGAUGACAGUGACAUUCACAGAUGCUUAUGGCAAGACAUUGAGCAAGUACCACGGAAUGCUUGUUAAGCCUAUUUUCAAAUUGGCAAUGAAGGCGUGUCCUUAUAGAAAAGAUUUCUUUGCCAAAUUGGGUGCUGAUCAAGCCAAGAUUGCCGAGCAAUUGAGAGUUUGGUUGGAGGCUUUGGAGAAGAUUGUCAAGAUUAUUUUUGACUUUUUCACUAGUGGAAACUACGGAAAAGGAUUGUAA